AUGGCGUCCUCAUCAUUGCAGUUUGCCUACCGAACCCAGAAGGGCAUCGGCCUUUUUGAUGCUGCCCCGACCUAUCAGCCUCUUGCUGGGUUCGCCAAGCCUGAAGGGAAUCUCCGGUGUUGUGCAUACUCGCCUUGUGGCCGCUAUUUCGCCUGGGCCAACCCCGAGCUCGUCACAGUAGUCGACGCCUCUAGCGGCCAGCAGGUUCUCGCCCUCCCCAUUGCUAACGUCUACGAACUUGGUUUCUCUCCUCUUGGUACCUUCCUCGUUACCUGGGAGCGACCUGCCAAGGACGAGAACGGAGACGCGACCAAGAACCUGAAGGUCUGGCGCACCGUUGAGGAGGGCGUCGCGGAUGCCGACAAGGUGCCGCUAGGCAAGUACGUCCAGAAGUCUCAAGGAGGCUGGAACCUUCAGUACACAGCCGACGAGAGGUUCUGCGCCCGCCUCGUCACCAACGAGGUUCAAUUCUACGAGAGCCAUGAUCUUGGCACUGUCUGGAACAAACUGAGAGUCGAGGGCGUUGCCGACUUCGCUCUGGCUCCCGGCCGUUCCCACUCUGUAGCAGUCUUCAUCCCCGAGCGCAAGGGACAACCCGCUGCUGUCAAGGUCUUCAACGUUCCCCAGUUCACCUCGCCCAUCUCCCAGAAGACCUUUUUCAAGGGCGAUAAGGUCCAGCUGAAGUGGAACAAGCUGGGCACCAGCAUUCUUGUGCUGGCUCAGACCGAUGUCGACAAAUCCAACAAGAGUUACUACGGCGAGACCACGCUGUAUCUGCUCAGCGUCAACGGCUCCUUUGACGCUCGUGUCAGCCUCGACAAGGAGGGUCCCAUCCAUGACGUUUCCUGGUCCCCGAACUCGAAGGAGUUUGGUGUCGUCUACGGAUACAUGCCCGCCAAAACCACCAUCUUCAACCACCGAGCCGUCGCGACUCACUCGUUCCCCCUUGGGCCCCGCAACACCAUUAUCUUUUCGCCCACUCGUCGGUUCGCUUUGGUCGCUGGUUUCGGUAAUCUGGCUGGCCAGAUUGACGUGUAUGAUCUUGAGAAGGAUUUCCGCAAGCUCCACACUAUUGAGAGCGGAAACCCCAGCGUGUGCACGUGGAGUCCCGACAGCCGUUAUAUCAUGACGGCUACCACGUCUCCCCGUCUCCGCGUUGACAAUGGCAUCAAGCUCUGGCACGUCAGCGGUCCCCUCAUGUACAACGAGGACAUGGUUGAGUUGUACAACGUGAUUUGGAGGCCCCAGGCGCCCGAGAAGGUAGCUGGCGGUGACCCCCUGAAUCCGGUCCCCACCCCGCACGCGUCUGCAGCCACGUACCUCGGCACUGUCAAGACUCCCAGCAAGCCUGCGGGAGCUUACCGUCCUCCUGGUGCUCGUGGCCUCGCCACCCCGCUUCAUUUCAAGCGAGAGGACGAGGGUGGUGCUGCUCACAUCAGCAUGAACAACGGCUCGGCGCCCAUCGGACCUAACGGAUUCGGUCGCUCGCGUCGUGCUGUACCUGGCGCUGAGUUUGCCGGUUCUGUUCCCGGCGCGGCUCCCAAGAUUCCCGGAGCUGAGACUGCCGAAGGCGAUGAGAAUUUGUCGAAGGCAGCGCUGAAGAACAAGAAGAAGCGCAACAACAAGAAGAAGGAAGGCGAGGCCAAUCCUGAAGGCCAGAACGGUGGCGGCGCCUCGCUGGCCCCGCCCCCGCGUGACUUCGGACCGGGAUCUGGCCACGAGGGUCGCAGCCCUGAGCGUCGCGGUCCCGGAGGUAACCACAGGCACCGCAGCCACUCUCGCAACCCGGGUGCGCCUCGUAACAGGAGCAACACCCACCGGGGCCAGAACGGCGGGCCGCACGCGCCUCAUGCGCAUGCUCAGCAGGCCGCCCCCGCGGCCAACAACGGUGCUGAUGCCUCGCAAAACCCCAACGCGAAGAAGAUUCGCAGCUUGCAGAAGAAGGUGCGAGCCAUUGAGGAUCUUGAGAUGAGACUGGCUGGAGGAGAGAAGCUGGAGGACACUCAGAUGAAGAAGAUUGGCACGAAGACAUCGGUACUCAAGGAAUUGGAGGGUCUCGAGAAGGAGGGCCACUAA